AUGUUCUAUGGUACUGAUUGUGAUGAGGCUAUUCCCACCUAUGUACCUGAAGAUUUAGAUGGAGUUGUCCGUGCGCAAAUGUGGAUAGGUGGAGGUCAUUGGUCCUGUUCUGGUGAUGCCUCUCCCCGCUCUGUUUCUGUUGGCGGAUUCCCUGGUUCACGAUAUAGCAUUUUUCCUGACGCUUAUAGUGUCAUUUUCUUUGGACGUGGUUCCAAAUUACCUGUCAACCGUGCUUUGGCUUCCUCCAUCGUCGUUGAAUCUGCUCCUCAGUGGCUUGGCGACAUAUUAGUUGUCAAACACGCAGGCCAUGAUUAUCGUCUGCUGCAAUCCAUGGAGUUUGAUGAAAAAGCUCUUGUAGAUGCUUUUUUGGCAAGUCUUUCUCCUUUUUUAUUCUCUCCUGAUUAG